AUGUCAGACAACCAGGGCAACCUGAACAACAACAACGUCCCGCUAAACAACAAUGGCGGACCCAACAGAAUGCGCAACCCGAACCUCAACCAGAACCCCCUCAUCAACGUGCGGGACCGGCUCUUUCAUGCCCUCUUUUUUAAGAUGGCAGUCACCUACGCCAGGCUCUUCCCGCCGUCUUUUCGGCGGAUUUUCGAGUUCUUCGUGCUUUUGAAGGCCUUGUUUGUGCUCUUCAUUCUGGCCUACAUCCACAUCGCCUUCUCCCGUUCUCCCAUUAACUGCUUGGAGCAUGUGCGUGAGAAGUGGCCGCGUGACGGUAUCUUGCGCGUGGAGAUCCAACGCAACUCAAGCCGUGCUCCCAUAUUCCUGCAAUUCUAUGAGACUGAGGGCUUCCAGGGUCUGGUCAAAGAGCCUGAUGGAGACACGGAGGACGCUGGCCGAGCUCCUGUUCACCACGAAGAGGAGGAGGAAGAGGAGAUGACCAUGGAAAUGUUUGAUAACAGCUCUGUCAGGUUUGAGCUGGACAUUGAGCCCCGGCUGAAGCCCUCCCUGAGCGCUGGUGUCCCGGGCUUGGGCCUGAACGACACGCAGGACCUCUCCUUUAGCCAGGCGCCCUCUAAAGGUAUGCAGCCGCUGAAGGAGACUGUCUCCGAGAUUGAGAUGCUCACUCGAGCAGUUUGGCCUCAGGAGGAAUAUAUAGUGGAGUAUUCUCUGGAGUAUGGCUUUUUGCGGCUGUCUCAAACCACAAGGCAGCGUCUCAACAUUCCUGUCAUGGUGGUUACCCUGGACCCAAUGAAGGACCAGUGCUUUGGAGACGGCUUUAGUCGCUUCCUGUUAGAUGAGUUCCUCGGUUAUGAUGACAUUCUGAUGUCCAGUGUGAAGGCCUUAGCAGAAAAUGAGGAAAAUAAAGGGUUCUUAAGAAAUGUGGUUUCGGGAGAACACUACCGUUUUGUCAGCAUGUGGAUGGCACGUACCUCCUACCUGGCUGCCUUUGUGAUUAUGGUGAUAUUCACCCUCUCAGUGUCCAUGCUGCUCCGCUAUUCCCACCACCAGAUUUUUGUCUUCAUAGUGGACCUUCUGCAGAUGCUAGAGAUGAACAUGACCAUCGCCUUCCCAGCAGCUCCUCUUCUCACUGUAAUCCUGGCACUUGUUGGGAUGGAAGCUAUCAUGUCUGAGUUUUUCAAUGACACAACCACAGCUUUCUACAUAAUCCUCAUUGUGUGGCUGGCUGACCAGUACGAUGCAAUCUGCUGCCACACCAACACAAGCAAACGCCACUGGCUCAGGUUCUUUUAUCUGUACCAUUUUGCAUUCUAUGCCUACCAUUAUCGCUUUAAUGGGCAGUACAGCAGUCUGGCUCUAGUCACUUCUUGGCUCUUCAUUCAGCACUCCAUGAUCUACUUCUUCCACCAUUACGAGCUGCCGGCUAUCCUGCAGCAGAUUCGUAUCCAGGAGAUGCUGCUGCAGAAUCAGCAAGCAGGACAGGGCAACCAAACGGCGCUGCAAGACAACCUGAACAACAACACCAGCGCAGUGGGCCCCGCUGGACGAGCUACAGCAGCUACUGCCGCUGCUACACCUGCUACAGUCAACGGCCAAGACCACCAGCCCGCUCCAGCCCAGCCGCAAGCAGAAGCGCCAAAUGGCCUUCCCACACCCACCGCGCCUCCUGCAACGUCCAGCGAUCCGAACUGGAUGGCCGAGACGGCGGCUAUCAUCACAGAGGCCAUUAUAACAGAGGCGCUGUCAGCCCCACACUUGGACAGCGCUUUGCUGGACUCGCCAGCUUCCGCCACUGGUGUGAGUGUGACGAUGGAGACGCAAGGUCAAAGCCAAAGCACGUCAGGCGAGAACCAGGAGGGUCAAAGUACUUCAUCUGGAGAUCCAGAGAUAAAACCUCGGGGCUGUGCUCAGGGCCUCGGGCCUCCUGGAGGAGGAGAAAAAGAUGAAGCAGGAGCGAGUCCUUCCCUCACAGACUGUAGAAAGUCCGAGGUAGGCGAAGUGGACACGCGGCAACACGCCGCAGACUGGCAUGGCAAGAAAGAGGGCGAAAGUCGCACUGGACCGUCAACAGCUCCCUCCUGAGCUUGGCGCUUGUUCGCCCCCGUUCCAAACUUGUGAUUCCACCUCCUUUCCUCUUCAACUAGCAGCAACCAAGCUUCUUCACCCUAAACGCAUCCGGAUAAGGCCUUGAGGAGGAAGAGGAGCAGCAUCAGCGAUGGAGCGCAAUGUAAUCACACCCCUUAAUGUCUGGUCAAGAAAUGGGGGGUGGAACUUUUUGUUUUCUUAGGGACUUUGAGAGUAAAGUGAGAGUAGACGCUUCUCGAUUUAUGUUGAAAAGACACAGUGUCAGGGUGAAAUCUGUUGGAGAGCAUUUGUGUG